GCGUUGCGUGCUGUGUGUGUGUGUGUGCGCGCGCGCGUGUGUGUGUGUGAGAACUGCCGGCGAGCUUAAAAAUAUUACCGAGCGGCGGGAAUGUCUGGCAGGUCAGUGCGCGCCGAGACCCGGAGCAGAGCCAAAGAUGACAUCAAACGCGUUAUGGCCGCUAUUGAGAAAGUACGAAAAUGGGAGAAAAAAUGGGUGACGGUCGGAGACACGUCACUGCGUAUCUUCAAAUGGGUUCCAGUGACCGAACCAAAGUCAGACGAUAAGAACAAAAAAAAGAAGGGCAGAGAGGAGAAAUAUGGAUCAGAGGUGACGACUCCAGAGAACAGUUCCUCUCCAGGAAUGAUGGACAUGCACGAUGAAAACAGUAAUCAGAGCUCGAUAGCCGAUUCCUCUCCAGUGAAGAUGGAGAACAGCUGUAGCACGAGCCCGACACCAGAGGCCACUGCUGCUGCUCACGCUGAUGGAAACAAGUGCAAGGCAGAACGUACGCCGUCCCCUGACAAAGGGAAUUGUAACACCACCCCUUCAGAGACCUCAACAAGCAAAAAAGAUACUCAGUUAUCAGGGGAGAAGGAGUCCCCAUCAGACACCUCGACAAACACUCAGGAAAGCGAAGACGGUUCCCCACCUACAAAGAAAAGUAAAGUGGAAUCAUCUUCUCAGGACUUAGAUAACUAAAGCUGACUAGUUUGCUCCCACGUUUCAAACACGUCCCUGUCACAGACCUGUGAGGGAUCCCAACCCACUUGACGAACCAUUCCUGAUCUUCGAGUACACCUUCACCUUCUUCUUCAUCGUCUCACCUGGAACGUUUGCAAACGUCACUGUGCCAGUGAACCGAGGUUGAUGGCAAACACUGACCUGAUCCUGUGAGAAACCUGCAGCCUCGCUCCAACCGAUUCGUGCACGAUAUACAGCGUUAGUUUAACGGCAACGAGAGUGAAUGCACUGCAUAGAUUUGUCAAGAUAAAAGAUGGAUUUGCUGCUGUGAUCAUCUUUGUUUCAAAUUGUUUUUAUUAUUUAAUUUAAUUACUCUACUAGUUGUUUUUCUAACUACUUUGCAGAUUGUUGUAUGGUUAUAGUGCAGGUGUUUGGUUUGUUUAUAUUGUUCUGGCUCCAUGAUUUUUAUGGCAUUUGCUUUUAGAGGUUUUCAAAGCAUCACUGCUUUUAAGGGGAGAAGAAGAAUUUUGUUACGCGUCAGAAUGACUCGAUAUAUACCUCAUUUUCAAACCAGCUGAGCUGGAACUUAAUUCUUGAUUGAUGGACAAUAAAUCCAAUUCACUCAACACAAUCUGGCAGUUUUUAAGUGAUGUCAUUUUCAACAAUAAACCCACUCUGACUUCAAUCUGAUGUAGCAACGUACAAGAAACUCACAAUGAAAUGCUCUAGAUACAUUGGGACCAUGUUUUCUUGAAAGGAUGUUGUCUUGUACAGUCGAUUAAUUUUGGUUUUAUUUAUUUAUUUCAUCAUUAGUGCUUGUUUUUAGCAUAUUCAAUUUGUUUUAAUAAAAUUUUUUUAUCUGA